CUUCCGGUCCGCCAUAGGCAGAUCCUUCAACAGGCGUGAUGAUAUUUGUCUAGGUGAGUUCUCGAUUUGAACGGGCAAAAGUGAUUUUCAAGUACCUAAAGUUUACGUUAUGACUUAACGUAACUACUUAGGACAUCAUCAUGCAGAUCUUCAUCAAAAGUCAGGAGACCAUCUCCCUUGAUGUCCAACCGUUUGACUCGGUUGAGACCCUCAAAAGCCAGAUCGCAGAGCGAGAAGGCAUUCCCGUUGACCAGCAGAGGUUGAUCUUCGCUGGCAAACAGUUGGAAGAUGGACAAACCCUUCUAGACUAUGACAUUCAGAAGGAAUCGACUCUUCACCUUACCCUAAGACUUCUGGGAGGUGCCAAGAAGCGUAAGAAGAAGAACUACUCCACUCCCAAGAAGAUCAAGCACAAGAAGAAGAAGGUCAAGCUUGCUGUCCUUAAGUAUUACAAGGUUGACGAGAAUGGAAAGAUCCACCGCCUUCGUCGCGAGUGCCCCUCUGACCAGUGCGGCGCUGGUGUCUUCAUGGCUGCCAUGGAAGACAGACACUAUUGUGGCAAGUGUGGUUACACUCUUGUCUUCAACAAACCAGAGGAGAAAUAAACUUGUUAAAACUUAA